AACGCCUGCAGAACUGUCAAAACACUAUCGCGGGUUGCAAGAAUGCGAGAAACGACCUGCUCUCUUAAAGCGUGGAAUCCAACAUUAUCGUGGCGCACGACAUCCCUGUCUGAAGCGAGAUACAGCAAGAUAUGGAUUAAAAGUCGGACAGACUGUCAAGCUACAGCAGUGUGCAGAGAGACUGGGAGAGUAGACCCCGUUGACCAUUGACAGUGAGCAGUUCAGUGUCUUUCCGCGUCCUCAAUGUAAAAGAUCACGACGGCUUCAUGACGUCUGAGUUUCCUGAAGGACGACAGCAGCAGUGGACUAUGAUGGAGACACUGUCCCUGGAAUCCAGGCAGGAGUGUCAGAUCUGCUUUAACCCCUACAGCACUGGAAGACGUCCCAAGCUGCUCCAGUGCUUGCACACAUGCUGCUCAGUGUGCCUGGGCCAGCUGUGGCGGGAUCACAGGGAGAUCCGCUGCCCAUGGUGUCGCUGCGUCACAAAUCUCCCUGCCGGCCUCUCCAUCGCCCAGCUCCCAGACGAUCCCGAUGCGCUCUCCGUCAUCUCUGUCACGCCGCUCAUCUCCAGGCACACGCCCGUCUUCAUACGGCUGCCCGACAGCAGCUGCCACUUGCUACCUCUGCCAGGGGACACGGAGCGAACCGCGCUGCCCAGUGAGGCCACCUGCCGCUUCGACUUCAAGGCCCAGACCCUGGGAGAGGAGGAGAACGAAGAUGAUGAGGAAGAGGGGCCGCUGAAAAGUUCAGCCUGGACGAGCUUCUGCACCGUGUUGCUGGUGGCUAUCAUCCUGAUCUUCCUGCUGGGCAUCGUUCUGCAUAACAUGUCUUGCGUUUCCAAGCGAUUCAGCAUCAUUUCUUGUGGAUGAGAGAUGAAGCUGGGUUCAUCCAUUUAACCCUGAUGCUGGUGGAUAAGCAGAAAAUUGCUGAUAUGUAGAUGACUUCCUUAUAUGUUAGACCAUUUCUAAUGUCGACUAUAGCAAUGGGUGUCAAUUACAGUUCUUGACAAAUGCUAGACAGCGGAUUAAUCUAUGCAAUCCUGCAGCGAUCUGCAGUGUCAAAAGAACGUUCACUCAAUAUUUUCUGUUAAGUAGAGUAUUCAGCAACAGUCAGCAUGCGUCUACUUAUUGUGCAGUAAGUAAUAUGAGUCAUGUUGAUGUACCCUGUUGUCAAACCACAAAAUUGCAGAAAUGCGCCACUCCAAAAUAACACUGGACUCUGAAAAUGCGAUUAACCUGUAGCGACUUGUGUACAAGAAUCUCGGCCAAGAGCAGAACGACGGCAAACUGUUCCAUUGUUUUACAGCGGCGAUGUGCUGAUGUCACUGGAUCUUGAACGAGCCUAAUAUAACCAGCAACCCAUGCAUUUAUAGGCAUUAGGAUCCUGCAGUAUGACAGGGACGGAAACUUUACAUCCAAAAAAAAGAGAAGGUAAACCACAUGGACUCAAGUUCACUCCCGUAAAGUUCUACACCUUACUGUCAUUCCCAUAACAACCUCGCUGUCGCUGUGCUGAUAUAGUUAUGCACAUGUCUGAGUAAUUACUGGUCGCUUAUCUGACCUGGGUGUGGUGACUCUCCUGCUCCUUCCUCUGGGCUAAUGUUGGUUAGAUUAAUCUGUUGUCAUCAGUGAGUAAUCAUUACAGUUUUGCAAGACUUGUUAAAAAUUCAGUCAAUGAAGAGUCAAGUACAUUUGGAUAUUUAUUUGAAGUUUAGUACUUAUUUGUCAAACACAAACAAACAAAUAAAAACAAACCACAUUUAA